AUUUUAAGCAAAUUUAUAUACAAAAUAAAACAAUACGAUGAAAGCUUUUUGUAAAUCAACAACCGCAACAACUGCUAAAGAAUACAGAAUGGUCGUCGGCUCGAAUCAUACGCGGCGAGGGGAAACCGCCGGCAGAUUCACAAACAACAAUGGCAACAGCAACACCACCACCACCAGCGCAACGUCUUCAAUAGCCACCGCAUCCUCAACGACGGCGGCGACAUUGUCAUCAUCAACAUUAGCGGCGUCGUCGUCAUCAGCAACAACUGCACACAACAACAAAAGCCAAAAUAGCACGCUCAACAACAACAACACCAGCAGCAACUCCUCCACUACCAACGCCACACAUCAACAACAACAGCAGUCGGAGCAGCAACAUAAUCAUCAUCAUCAGCAGCAGCAUCAUCAUAAUUCACAUCAUUAUCAUUCGCAGUCACAUCAUCAUCAACAAAGCAGCUCGGCUUCAUCCUCAUCGCAUAGCGGCGGUGGCAGUGGAAACGCCACGGGGCAUGGCUCCAACGGCAGUGCCGUUAGCCGUUUGUCCCAGUCGACGGGCAUGACGCCGCGUGAGCUGUCUGAGAACGAUGACUUGGCCACAUCGCUUAUACUCGAUCCACAUUUGGGCUUUCAAACGCACAAAAUGAACAUACGCUUUCGGCCAUUAAAAGUAGAUACACAGCAGCUAAAAACAGUCGUCGACGAUUUUAUACUGACGCAAAACUAUGAUGUGGCCAUACAGCGCAUCUAUGACGGUCCCUGGAUACCGCGACAUUUGAAGAACAAAAAUAAAAUCUGCACCAAGCGUCUGCAUGAUCAUAUUGUGCGAUAUUUGCGUGUGUUUGACAAGGACAGCGGCUUUGCGAUUGAGGCCUGCUUUCGCUACUCUCUGGAGGAGCAGCGCGGCGCCAAGAUUAGUUCAACAAAACGCUGGGCCAAAAAUGAAAAAAUCGAAUGCCUAGUGGGCUGCAUAGCCGAGCUUACCGAAUCCGAGGAGGCCGCACUGCUGCACUCAGGCAAAAAUGAUUUCUCUGUGAUGUACAGCUGCCGCAAGAACUGCGCCCAGCUCUGGCUAGGACCAGCCGCCUACAUUAAUCACGAUUGCCGCGCCAAUUGCAAAUUCUUGGCCACGGGCCGCGACACAGCCUGCGUUAAAGUGCUGCGUGACAUUGAGGUGGGCGAGGAGAUAACCUGCUUCUAUGGCGAGGACUUCUUUGGCGAUAGCAAUCGCUUUUGCGAAUGCGAGACCUGCGAGCGACGCGGUACCGGUGCUUUUGCGGGCAAGAACAAAGCUCAUCUAAAUGAGGCCACGCAGGGCUUAACCAACGGCCUUGGUGUCGGCGCUGCCGGCGGCGCCAAUGGAGGUGGCUAUCGUUUACGCGAGACCGAUAAUCGUAUUAAUCGCAUCAAGAGUCGCGCAAACAGCACCAAUAGCACUUCCAAUAGCAACAGCAACGACAGCAACAGCAAUGCCAAUGCUAGUGCCAUCAGCAAUGGUUUGCCUGCGCAGUCGGCUGCCAAUGCUACGCAGCAGCGACCCAAAAGCAGCAGCCUGGAGCUGAGCGCCGUGUCGCUAAUGGAUAAGAAACUACCUAAUGUAGUCGUCUCGCCGCUAACCAUGAAAGAGCUGCGUCAGAAGGGCAUGACCAAGUAUGAUGCUGAAAUGAUUAUGGCCAAUGCCUCCUAUCAUCAGCAGCAACCGCAUCACCAUCAUCAUCCCCACAAUCACAGUCAUCAUCACCUGCCCACACAACAGCAACAUGCGAGCACGAGCGCUGAGGCGGCCACCCAAGCGACAGCCAUGCAGAAGCCUCAAGCGGCAGCUGAGCUGAGUAAUGGACGUGCCGUUAGCACAUUGCGUAAAUCUAUGCGCAACAACAGCACAAGCAGCAGCAUUUCCACAGCCUCCACAGAUGAGCCAAUGGCGAGCAUGUUUAGUAACAACAUUAGCAACCACAUCAAUACCAGCAGCGGCAACAGCAGCAGCACAACAACAUCUGCAACCAAUAUUUCGGUUGGCAAGGAUCCAGUUGUGCUGGUGCCGCGCUAUAAGCCAGCUGCAGUUGCCGCUCUACAGCACAAGCAACGCCACCAACAACGUCAGCUGCGCCGCAGUGAGCGGCGAACGAAGCCAACCGAUAGCGGUGCCGGCUAUGAUAACUCUCAAUUGUUGGGCAUAUAUUUGACAGACAGUGAGAGCAGCGAUACGGAGAUUCGGCAACAGAUGCAUGAGCAGCAUAAAGUGUAUUUGUGCAGAGAGGAGAGCGACCGCGCCAGAGCAACUUCGUCUCAGGAGAAACGCGUCACGCGUAACAGCGCAGGUCGUGCUGCUGCCGCUGCCGCCGCAGCAGCAGCAGCAGCAACCUUAACAACAGUAACUGCCCAUAAGAGUAACAACAACAGUAACAUCAGAACCUACGCCGUUAAAUCAACGAUAACAAAUUGUAAUAAUAAUAAUUUAAAUAUUAGUAAUAGCUGUAGAAGUAAUCAUGGUAGUAGAUUUAGUGAACGCAAGCUGAAGCCGAGCGAUGCUGCAGCGGCAGUAACAGCGACAACGACGACGACGGCGUCGUUAGCGACAGCAUUAAACAAUGAUGUAUGCUCGGCAACGCCCUCGUCGUCGUCAUCGUCCUGCUUGCCAAACGAACAACAGCCACAACAACAACAACAGCAGCACCAGCAGCAAAUUCAACAACAACAGCGACAGCAGCAGCAGGCAACGGCAACAACAACAUCAACAUUGCGCAGUCGGAGCAACAGCCCCGCCUACAAGAAAAAUCUAUUGACCAUUUUUGAACAGGCCACUGGAGUCAAGGCUCCAGCAGCAACUGUUCCAACUGCCACAGAGUCAUCGGGGAAACAGAAACGCAGUCGACGCGCAGCUGCUUUGGCUGCUGCCCAGCACAUACACUGCGAAGCAGUUAGCAGCAUCUCGCAACGCAAACGACAACAGCAACCACAUGUGGCUGCAACACCAUCACUCAUUAGCAGCAGCAGCGCUGUGGAGCCAUUGCUCAAGACACCAGAGCGACGUUUAAAGUUAACGCUGCGCAUGAAACGUUCACCCAUCUUGGAUGAGGUAUUUGAGUUGGGCACUAGCUUGACUUCCAAUCUGGUCGGCCAGCAACCUGAUGGCAGCGGCGAAAGCAUGAGCCGCGCUAACAAUAGAUGUAGCAGCAACAGUGGCAAUAAUAUGUCCAAUAAUGCAUCUGGUAAUGGCGUUGAAUAUGAAAUAUUGCGCAUGGAGGGUAUUUCGGAUCAUGGCAACGAUGAUCAAGACGAGGACGACGACGAGGAUGAUGAUGAUGAUGAUGAUGAUGACGAUGAUAAUGAUAAUGAAGAGCAGCAGCAUGAGGAAGAAGAUGCUGAAGAGGAACAUGAGCUGGAAACUACAGCGACAACCAAUGAAAGCGAGACCGCCCCUGCAUGGCGCUAUAAAGAGAAAACUAGACGCACUCGACGCAGAGCAACAUCGCCGCCACUAGCAGCAGCAGCUGGAGCUGGAGCUGGCACUAACAGUAUCUACGGCACGCCACAGAAGAAGCGUUUGCGUCUAAUCUUCGGCAAUGAGUCGCAUACCAUAGACAUUCCACCAGCAAGCAACACACUCAACGCCACAGCUGCCAGCAGCGGCAUCGAUGAGCUCAACAGCAGCGGCAUCAGUGCCAGCGAUGAAUCCUUUAAUGCCUCCUAUGCCAAUACCAGCAGCAGCACCAGCGCCAAUGCCAGUGCCAGUGGCACAAGCAUGACGGUCAACACGUCCUCUCCAAACAGCAGUACGCCCACCUCAAAUGCCUCCUCCUUAGCCAACGAUGCAGCUGACCAGUUGGGCGUAACAACAACAGCCCCAAUGGCUGCAGCCAUAGCUGCGAUUGCAACGUCAAGACCUGCUACCGACUCGCCCACUUCGACCACAUCAAGUGUCGGCUCCGGCUCGUUCCAGUCAGCCUGCACCUCGACUAACAGUUUAUUUGCAGAGUCCAAGUCACCCACUUGCUACCAGCUAAACGGCAGCAGACACUACUACAAGCGUACAGCAGCGGACCAAGCGAAUGCUAUUGUCAGCAGCAGCAGCCACAUUAUUACCAACAGCAACAGUAACAGCAGCAACAGCUACAAUAGCAGCAGCAAUGGUGCAACUAUUGCCACCAGCAGCAGUGUCUCCAGCACGCAUUCUUUUGUGCCACAGUCGUUGAGCAUGCCCAAGCAUACCUUUGGCACCUGCGCUCUGCUGGCGCCCACAAGCUUUGCCAAUCUACAGCAACAGCAACAACAACAACAACAGCAGCAGCAGCAGCCAUCAUCAUCAUCGCCGCCGCAGCCUUAUCAGCAACAACAACAUAGCAGCAAAUAACCAAUGGUUGAUCUCGAUGCUAACUGACAGCGAUGCUGCCAAUUGCUUCAUAUAACAAGAACAACAACAUCAACAAUUGUUGUGCUGCAAUCGACUGCCGUUGCCUGCUGCUAGCCGCACAUAGACACACACACAUAUGUACACACACGUACACAUUUGAUAGGUUCCUUUGUUCCAAAAACUAACAUUGGUUAAUUUUUGGUGUAGCAGAUGAUGAUGCGUUCCUUUUCUAUUUGACGCUCUCUCGCCAUCUAUCCGUCUGUCCGUCUCUCUCACAUACGCGCACGCGCAUCGCAUCUAUGCAUAUAGAGACAGAGCUUAUGUCCGAUCACUGUCGUGUGCUCUAACUGAGUUUCUUAACUCUGAACUUCAUUUUCACAUGCAUGUCGUUGUCGUGAUCGAGUGAGAGAUAAUUCCGCCGUGUCUCCAUACAUUCAUAGUCGGAGUCGGGUUGGGAGGGUAUUUUUCGUAGGUAUCGCUCGCAUCCAACAUCCAACGAAAAUGCGUAACAAGUAUAGAAACAUAAAAUAAAAAAAAAGCAAAAAACAAAAACAUUAAUCAAUUGAUUAACAAUUGCUAAUAUUUGAUUAUACAUUUCUUUUUUGCUUUUCUUUCUAUUUCUUCUCUCUCUCUCUCUCCCUUUCUCUCUUGCAAUUACAGAUGGAGGAUAUAUAAAGCAUAAAUGUUGUAGCAAGAAAGCAAGGUUAAUGCAAAAUUUCAGACAAGAUUAUUAUGGUGGUGGUGAAUAUGAAG